CGGUCCAGAUGCUCCACUACACUAUAAAAUCAGAACUCGGAACUAACCUCCCACAUUUCUCUCGUUUCUCCUCCUAUUUUUCUCUCAAGUCGUUAACAGCAGCAGCAGCAGAAAACAAGGAAUUACUUCAAACAACCGAACCAGAGGGCGGAAGACGUGAGAGAGCUCGCUCUACUGAACACCAACCCAUCGAGAGCGGGGCGGUUUUGUUAUAUUUCUCUAUAGGGAGUGCUCCAAAAUCCAAAUGCAGCAGCAGAUUCUACAGAGUCCUGUUUUCUCCCUUUCCCCAAGUUUUAACAGUUAUUCCUCGGACAGAUUUGCAGAGGUUGCUGCUAAAGUUGGGGAAGAAUCUAACGGCUUAUCAGAGCUUAGUAUCUCGGAUUACACAGUGGAGAAUCCAUCAUCCGAACAGGACAUACAAAAUCAAUCUAAAGAAGAACAGAAAGUAGAAGACGGCAACAACGCCGACGACGACGAUUUUGAAUUCUCCUUCUGUAGGGAUAACGACGGGUCUCCCAUUUCAGCUGACGAAAUCUUUUUCAACGGUCAGAUCCGCCCGAUCUUUCCCAUCUUCAACCGUGAUCUUCUUUUCGCCGACGGCCAGGAUGAUGAUUCCCAGGCUCCUCAUGCCUCGUCCAUUCGACUCCCUUUGAGAAAGCUGUUGAUUGAAGAACGCGAUCCUAAUCCUCCGUCGUCUUCCUCGUCCGAAGCCGACGAACUUGAAGGGUUACCGCCCGGUACUUAUUGUGUUUGGACACCGAAACCGGUUCAAGCGUCGCCGGAGAGAUGUAAGAAGAGCAACUCGACUGGAUCUUCCAAGCGUUGGAGAUUCAGGGACCUCCUGCAUCGAAGCAACAGCGACGGGAAGGAUACCUUCGUUUUCUUGACUCCUUCCAAUAGCAACUCUUCCAAGAUGAAGAAGAAAGACGACAAACCUGAGAAGCCUGAGGUUUCGAAGGAAAGGAGAAACUCUACUGAUGUCAAGGUAGCCGGAAAAUCGAAAGCCAAGGGAGUCUCCGACGCAGUAUCGGCUCAUGAAAUUCACUACGUGAAAAAUAGAGCGUUAAAGGAGGGAGAUCGGCGGAAAUCAUAUCUUCCAUACAGGCCCGAUCUCGUUGGGUUCUUUGCUAAUGUGAACGGGUUGAGCAGAACUCUUCACCCGUUCUAAAUUCUAAUCUCUCUCCUCUCUUUUCAUUUUUUUUCCGACUGCUUUUUCGGUUGUUUUAUUUUUUUAUUUAUAUUUUUCUGUAAGUAAUUAGUGGUGGAUAGAUAGAAGUCUGAUCAGUAUCCAACCGUGUUCUCUUUGAUUUCCUUUCCUGGAGUCUGCAAAUUUCAGCGACUUAAGUUAAAUUUUGCCUUUAUCUUUUUCUUUCUUAAUUUUUCGUUCGCAAUCAAGAAUUAGUUUUUUUUCUUUGUGUGAAAGCUUCCUUCGUGAUAUGUCAAGAGGAAGAAGAAAAUUGUAAAUACUUAGAAACUAUUGAAAUUAGAAUCCUUUCGUUGUAUGUGAUUUA